AGUUCCGUUCCGGACCCAAGUUCCGUUCCGUGUUCCGAGCUGCAGCUCGACCCCGCGAUCCGGCUUGCUGGGUGUAGGGUGGCUGCGCCCUACCGCACUGACGCCAUCGCCAACCUCCGAGACGACUUCCACCAGCAGUCGGUCAUCUGUUUGGGGGUUCGCAGAGCCGUGCAUGAAGUUUUGGCGCGUUGCCGAGGCCGGAUCGCCCCCUGCACUGGGAAAACCGAGCUGCCAAAUACGAAAGAUGCGCCUUCCCCUCUUGACUGGGCUCAUCUCAUCAUCAGGGUCCCAAGCCAAAGAAAGGUUGUUGUUAGUUGGGCGUCUGGCGGGGUAAAUAAAUGGGCAGAUUCCCCCAUCCAAGCAACGACAUUUGCUCCACGACUUGUGUAGUUAAUGGUCUACGGGGCCACCACAGCUCCGCAAACCGGACGCAUUGCCGACUACUUCAAGUAUAUUAUGUAGAGGCAGCCAGCCUCCUACCCCCACCAGUCUUGAUAACCGGCUCUCUACAGUUCUCCUCCCCAGAGCAAAGCACAACAAGCAAGACGAAAAUGAACUCCAUCGGCUCCUCGUUCCAACCAGACGCCUCGGGCACCGCGCCCAAGCAAGGCCCGUUCCUGCCGACCCUGAAGCUCAACGACGGCAACGAGAUUCCCCUGGUGAGUACCUAGUAAAAUACACACACGCACGGCGAUGACGCCAUCGAUGCAUGCUCUCUCUCUUCCCACUUCUCCAAGGUCGCGAUCCGUCCGACUGUGUAUUGACCAUCUCGUGCCGGCAGGUUGGAUACGGUCUCGGAACCAAGAGGGGCAAAUGGGACGACGCUGCCAAAGCCCCGCUGGACCAGUCCAUCGUCGACGUCACCAAGGAGGCCAUUGAGCUCGGCUACCGUCACCUGGACGGCGCCGAAGGGUACGCAAACGAGGAGGAGCUCGGCGCCGCCAUCAAGGCGUCCAAGGUGCCCCGCGAGCAGCUCUUCGUCACCACCAAGAUCCACGCCGUGCACAAGAAGAAUGUCGAGGAGGCCUUCGCCCUCUCCCUCAAGAAGCUCGGCCUCGACUACGUGGACCUGUACCUCCUCCACGGCCCCUGGUUCGCCGACACGGAGCAGGAGCUGCAGCAGCGUUGGGCCGAGCUCGAGGCCAUCAAGGCGUCCGGAAGGGCUAGGUCCAUCGGCGUCUCCAAUUUCCUGCAAGAGCACGUCGAGUCCGUCUUGAAGACGGCCAAGGUCCCGCCCGCCAUCAACCAGAUUGAGUUUCACCCCUAUCUGCAGCACGGAGACCUGCUUCCCUUCUUGAGGAAGAACAACAUCGCCGCUGCCGCGUACGGCCCGCUCGUGCCGCUCACAACGGCCACCGACGGUCCCGUCAACGCGCUCUGGAAGCAGCUGGCGGACAAGUAUGGUGUCUCGGAGUCGGAGAUUGGGCUGAGGUGGUGCAUCGACCAGGGAUUGGUGGUGCUCACCACCAGCUCCAAAAAGGAGCGGUUGGAACGCUAUCUCAAGAAGCUCCCGCUCAUCAAGCUGACACCCAAAGAAGUGUCCGAUAUCGCGGAGCUGGGUCAGCAAAAGCACUAUCGCUCCUUCUGGAAGGAACGUUUCGCCCCAGACGACAGGCGGUAGAUGGCUGGUACAUAUCCACUACGGUCAAGAUCGCAGGGGGCCGUCAAUUACACGAUUUGACGACCAGUCGGGACCGGGGAGUCAUGUGCUUCCAUCAUUCAAGUGUGUGUUGUGCCUCGAAUGUAUUUCCCAAUGAUCAUAGCUCAUCAUCCGAG